AUGAACGGGGAAAAUAAUUACAGAGACGAUGAUGGAACUCAAGCAAGUCCGAAGCUAAUUUUUGAAACAGGUGUGGACUUCAAUGCUUUUGCAGACAGUGAAAGUAAUGAAGAAAAGUUAUCAGAAACUACACAAGGUAACGAAAACAUAGAGUUGAUUCAUUCUAACAUGCAGAAAAAACUAAUUCCUGUAAUAGGCAUGGAGUUUGAGACAGAAGAAGAAGCCUUUAAAUUUUACAAUGCUUAUGCAUAUGGUGUUGGUUUUAGUAUUAGACUAAGUAAAUUUCAUAAAGAGAAAUGUGGGAAGUUGAGAGACAGACUUUUUGUUUGCUCUGCUGAAGGUAAGCGUGAAAAGAAUAAGUGUGAUGGCAGUGUGAAAUCUCAUCGUGCUGAGACAAGAUUUGGAUGUCUAGCAAGGAUGAAAAUUAGUUGUCGGCUAAAUGAUAAGUAUUGUGUUACUGAGUUUGUGCCUGAGCAUUCGUAUGUUACUUCUAGUCCUUGUAAGACCCAUUUUUUUAGGUCACAUAGGAACAUGUCUCUUGCACAAAUAGUUGAAGCUGAUAUGGCUGAUAGUUCAGGGAUUGCUCCAAAAACAACUCUAGAACUUCUGAGUAGACAAGCCGGUGGACGUCAAAAUCUUGGAUUCAUUCUUGUAGAUUAUAAAAAUUAUUUACGUUCAAAGCGUACAAGAGAAAUGAGGGUAGGAGAUACAGGGGGCCUGAUGAUGGUGGAUUAUGAUUAUUUUGGUGAUGUGGUAUGCUUUGAUACGACCUAUAGAAAAAAUAAGGACGAAAGACCUUUUGCAAUGUUUGUUGGUGUCAACAAUCAUAGGCAAACUGUUGUAUUCGGUGCUGCAUUAUUGUAUGCUGAAACAACUGACACAUUUAUUUGGUUAUUUGAUACUUUUGUCAAGGCUAUGUCUGGAAAAAAACCAAUAAGUAUUCUGACAGACCAAGAUGCAGCAAUGGCUAAAGCAUUGCUUUCAGAGUGGCCAGAAACAUGUCACCAUUUGUGCAUUUGGCACAUAUACCAAAACGCAGCCAAGCAUCUUAGCAAUGCUUUUGAGAAGUUCAAAAGUUUUACCAAAGACUUUGGUAGAUGCAUAUAUGAUUAUGAAGAUGAAGAUGAUUUUAUAAACGCUUGGAAUAACAUGCUUGAAAAAUAUAAUCUCAAGGAUGAUGAUUGGUUGAGGCGAUUGUUUAAUAUAAAGGAGCAAUGGGCAUUAGUUUAUGGGCGACAAACUUUUUGUGAUGAUAUUACUACUACCCAACGCAGUGAAAGCAUGAAUAGUGCUUUAAAGAAGUAUGUUAGUUACAAAUAUGAUUUGCUACGACUUUUUCAACAUUUUCAGAGGUUAGUUGAAGAUCGUCGUUAUCAAGAGUUGAAAGCUGAAUUUAGAGCAAGUCAAAGUUCACCUGCAUUGUCAUUUCCAGUGGAAAUAUUAAAGCACGCAUCAAAUAUAUAUACACCAGAAGUGUUUAAGUUAUUUCAAGAUGAGUUGUGUAAAGCUCAUGAUUGUGUCUUGAAAUUCAAUGGUGAGAUUGGAAGCAUAAGCAAUAUGAAGUUAUCCCUCAUAAGAAGUAUUGGCACCACACAGUCACAUUUGACUCAAUAG